AUGCAGGAGGGUAAAUUUCUAGACAAAGGGAAAAGUGAAGAGGAGGCAGAGGGGACAGGGGAGGCGGAGGAAUUGGGUGAUGGUACAGGGAACGUGGGAAAAAGUAGAACAGAAUGGAAAGUAGCAAAAGAUGUGAUAUCCCUUGGAUUAAUAGCCAUGAUUGUUAGAGUAUUUUGCAUAGGAUACACUAUUUUGUGGAGCAGAGGAAUAAGGAAUUACAAAUUUAGCAAUGACUUGUUAUGUGAUGAACAUUCCAAUUUGUGGAAUUACAUAAGAUGCUUUUCCUACUGGGAUGGAGAAUAUUUCUUACGCUUAUCAUUGAACGAAACAGAAUAUUUGUAUGAACAGAACCAUGCUUUUUUCCCAGCAUUACCAUUAAUUAUAGUGUACAUAAAAAAGUUGAUAAGUAUAUUUUUACCCAACAUGAGUAGUAGUACUUGUUCAGUGCAUAUGUUAAUCGCUUUAAUCAUAAAUAAUUUUUUUUUCGUGAUAUCUGUUAUUGGUAUGUAUGUAUUUGUAUAUAUUUCCUUUAAUAAUCGGAUAAGGAAUGUAGAAAUAAGUUCAGCAAAGAAGAAGGAGAAGUGUAGUGAUAUGUAUUAUAUGAAUAAUAUUAUGGAUAUAGAAAAUUGCUAUAAAUUCAGUUUUUUUGUCGCAUUUUUAUACAUUUUCAAUAUUGGAAAUAUACACAUGAGCAGUUUUUAUAAUGAAAGUAUAUUCAGUUGCUUAUCCAUAUGGGGGUUUACCUUUUUGCAAUUUUCUAAAAUUUCUAAGAAUAUGAAUUUGAUAUUUGAACUGUUUGCAGUUUUGUCAUUUUCAUUAGCUUCUUUUUUCAGAUCUAAUGGAAUUUUAUUUUUAAUUCCACUUUUUAUUUUCAAUUUAAGUUCUUGCACUUUUUGUCGUUAUUGCAGUUUAUUGUUAUCAUCUUCUAUGGGUGCGGGAAAAAAAAUUCACUUGACUCCUGGGUCAAAUUCUCAAAUUGAUAUUCAUAAAAAGAGGAUAAGCAAAGAAAAUAUAUGGAUAUAUUUUCAAAAUAAACGUAAUUUUGUUCAAUUUGUUCUUCAUUGGGGAAAGGCGUUAAUAGAAGCAAUUCUUGUGAUAUUACCUUUUAUAAUUUUUCAAUCAUAUGCUUAUCAUUUAUAUUGUGUACCAAAACAUAAUGAUUUAUGGAAAGAGGAACAUAAAAAGUUUCAUAAUUUUUUAAUUUCAUUUCUAAAGAAUCCAUUGAAAUAUGUAGAUAUCUUAAAUCAUACGAGUCAGAAUUCUGAAUUUAUUCGAAGGCCUUGGUGUGAGAAAACUUUUCCUUUUGUUUACAAUUAUAUUCAACAAAAAUAUUGGGGUGUCCAAUUUUUAAAAUUGUUUAAAUCUCCUAAUCCUAACAUAUUGUAUGCAGCCCCUGUCUAUUUCUUAUCAUUCCAUGCCGUUUAUCACUUUUUUAUUUGUAAAACAUUUAACAUCAAUCAACCAUAUCUCUUGUUAAAUCCCUUCCUCGAAGGCAUACUUCAUUUAUUCGUUUUGUGUCUUUAUAUCUUGACCUUUGCUCAUACCGAGAUAAUCCUAAGGCUCGUUGUAAGUUCACCAUAUUUCUACACCCAUUAUGCUUAUUUAUUGAAAUAUUCAGAUAAAUGGAAUUACUUUCUCUUAAUCAAUUUGGUGUACUUUUUUAUCGGUCCACCACUUUUUGGUACAUACAUAGCAUGGACAUAG